CAGCGCGGUAUAAACUGCGGCGCUCCGCCACCCGCCACGGAUUCCGAAGCCCCGCUCUGUCCUACAAGCAGCUGCCGGCCACUGAAGCUUCGCGCAAGAUGUUACUCUCGGUGAUUACAGUUGGCGUGCUCCUAGUGCUGGCGGAAGUUUCUGCUCAAGGAUCGCGGCCCGGCCACUGCCCGCUGGCGUCGACGGUCAAGCAGUGCACGCCGCGCUGCACCAGCGACUGGCAGUGCCUGUCCUCGGCGGAGAAGUGCUGCCCCAACCUCUGCGGCUCGCACUCCUGCGCCAGGCCCUCCUCCACCAGCGUCCAGGACAAGUACUCAGGUUCCGGUGGCAGCGGCAGCGGCGUGUACUGCGGCAACACCAAGUGCCGGCCCGGGCAGACGUGCAAGGCGGACCGCUCCACCAGCCGGCCCUCCUGCUCCCCCUGACUCACCUACUUCUCAUCACAUUCUCGCUUGUACAUGCUAAUGUGCAACACUCGACAUAUUCAUCUGCGUAUGUCGCAAUGUACUGUUGGUUCCACAUAUUCAUAAUAAAUUAAAAGAGUGAAAAUGUUUGACU